AAAGUGUCCGGACUGGAAGGGGGGGAAAGUGUCCGGACUGGAAUGGGGGGGAAGUGUCCGGACUGGAAGGGGGGGGAAAGUGUCCGGACUGGAAGGGGGGGGGGGGGGGAAGUGUCCGGACUGGAAGGGGGGGGGGGGGGGAAGUGUCCGGACUGGAAGUGGAAGGAAAGUGUCCAGACUGGAAGGGGGGGAAAGUGUCCAGACAGGAAGGGGGGGAAAGUGUCUGGACUGGAAGGGGGGGAAAGUGUCUGGACUGGAAGGGGGGGAAAGUGUCCGGACUGGAAGGGGGUGAAAGUGUCCGGACUGGAAGGGGGGGAAAGUGUCCGGACUGGAAGGGGGGGAAAGUGUCCGGACUGGAAGGGGGGGCAAGUGUCCGGACUGGAAAGUGUCUGGACUGGAAGGGGGGGAAAGUGUCCGGACUGGAAGGGGGGGAAAGUGUCCGGACUGGAAGGGGGGGGAAAGUGUCCGGACUGGAAGGGGGGGAAAGUGUCCGGACUGGAAGGGGGGGAAAGUGUCCGGACUGGAAGGGGGUAAAAGUGUCCGGACUGGAAGGGGGUAAAAGUGUCCGGACUGGAAGUGG